AUGGCGGCGGCGACGGCAGCGGCGGGCGGUGAGGGGCGGCGCGGAACCCCGGAGACGUCGGUGGCGUCCGAACGGGGCGGUGGAAGCUGCGUGCUGUGCUGCGGGGACCUGGAGACUACGGCGCUGGGCCGGUGCGACCACCCGGUGUGCUACCGCUGCUCCACGAAGAUGCGGGUGCUGUGCGAACAGCGAUACUGCGCCGUGUGCCGCGAGGAGUUACGCCAGGUCGUCUUUGGGAAGAAGCUUCCUGCCUUCGCUACCAUCCCCAUCCACCAGCUGCAACACGAGCCGAAAUAUGACAUCUACUUUGCUGACGAGAAAGUGUUUGCUCUAUACAGGCAGCUGCUGCAGCAUGAGUGUCCUCAAUGCCCAGCGCUGCCACCUUUCAGCCUCUUCGGGGACCUGGAGCAGCACAUGCGCAGGCAGCACGAGCUCUUCUGCUGCAAGCUCUGCCUCAAGCACCUCAAGAUCUUCACGUACGAGCGCAAGUGGUACUCGCGCAAGGACCUGGCGCGGCAUCGCAUGCAGGGGGACCCGGACGACACGUCACACCGUGGCCACCCGCUCUGCAAGUUCUGUGAUGAGCGUUACCUGGACAAUGACGAGCUGCUGAAACAUCUGCGCCGAGACCAUUACUUCUGCCACUUCUGCGACGCUGAUGGUGCCCAGGACUACUAUAGUGACUACACAUACUUACGGGAGCACUUCCGGGAGAAGCACUUCCUGUGUGAGGAGGGCCGCUGUAGCACAGAGCAGUUUACCCACGCCUUCCGCACCGAGAUUGACCUGAAGGCUCACCGCACUGCGUGCCAUAGCCGCAGCCGUGCCGAGGCCCGCCAGAACCGCCAGAUCGACCUGCAGUUCAGCUACACUCCCCGGCACCCGCGCCGGGGCGAGGGGGUCAUUGGUGGCGAGGACUACGAGGAAGUGGACAGGUACAAUCGCCAGGGCCGAGUGGGCCGGGCUGGAGCACGUGGAGCCCAGCAGAGCCGCCGAGGAAGCUGGAGGUACAAGAGAGAGGAAGAGGACCGGGACACAGCAGUGGUCAUUCGGGCCUUGGUGGCCACACAGCAGCAGGACGAGAAGCGCAGAGUUGAAGACCGUGAGGGCGGCCCCCGGGCCAGAGAGGAGGUAGCGGGGCGGGUAUCUGAGGAGCUCCGUAGCGGCCAGCGUCCACCCCGGGCCCAGGGCGAAGGUCUAGGCCCCAAAGAAGUCUCGACAAAUGGUCCCAUGAACCAAGAGCCCUUCCCUGUUCCAGGCCCAGCUGUGGGUGUCUGUCGGCUUUUCCUUCCCUGGCCCAGCGCCCCGGCGCCACCUGUGCAGAAGCUCAAGGAUGAAGACUUCCCCAGCCUGUCCCUCAGUUCCCUGGGGGCUGGCUCUGGCCCUGCAGGGCUGGCACUUGCCUACCAUGUGGCCACCAGAGCCAGGGGCACCUUCCAGGACGAGGACUUCCCAGCCUUGGUAUCCUCGGUGGGCCGGCCCAGCACAACCCCUACCAGCAUCAUCUCAGCUUGGAAUAGCAGCCGGAAGGUGGCACGACCCUCCUCGGGGGCGGGGGCCCCAGCAGCUGGGGGUGGCCAGUCCAUCAGGAAAGCCAGCAAGGGCAGCGGCAAGGGCAGCAGCAAGGGCAGCGGCAAGGGUGGCCACACCUCCCCUGAGCACCAGGGAACUUCUCCGGAGCUGUGCAGCUUGCCCACUUCAGCCCCCUCCUCCUCCUCACAAGCACUAGCCCCCUCCCAGCCUGUCACCAAGGGAAACCGGAAGAAGAAGGUUGGCUCCGAGAAGCCUGGAGCCAUGUCACCCCCACCCCUCGAUCGCACCCCAAAAGCUCCCGACAAAGAUGGGCUUGGGGCUGAACCCGUCCCCUCGGACCCCACCAGCGGAACCGAGGGGCCAGCUGCCAUGGCCAUAAAUGGACACAUGGAGGGGUUGGCCCUGGCACACAGCGGUGCCCCUAAGGAGCCUCCGGGGCUCCUGCGGCCUCCGCCCUGCCUCACACCCCAGGAAGACUUCCCUGCGCUCGGUGGUCCUGGAGCACUCAGGAUGCCCCCUCCCCCAGGAUUCAACACUGUGGUGCUGCUGAAGGGUGCGCCGCCCCCACCUCCACCAGGGCUGGUGCCCACGGUGAGCAAGCCACCCCCUGGCUUCUCCGGUCUUGUGUCCAGCACCCAGCCGGUCUGUGUGUCCAGCACUAACACCAAAGCACCUAGGCUGACCCCACCGCCCAGGGCCUACCUGGUCCCUGAGAACUUCCGGGAAAGGAACCUGAAGCUGAUUCAGUCCAUCAAGAACUUCCUUCAGAGCGAUGAGGCCUGCUUCAGCAAGUUCAAGAACCACUCGGGGGAGUUCCGACAGGGUGUGAUCCCUGCCGUCCAGUACUACAAGAGCUGCCGUGACCUGCUUGGGGAGAGCUUCCAGAAGAUCUUCCCGGAGCUCUUGGUGCUGCUGCCGGACACAGCCAAGCAACAGGAGCUGCUGGCGGCACACACAGACUUCUGCAGCCACGAGCAGCCCUCAGGCGCCAGGUCCAAAAAGAGCAAGAAGAGCGUGUGGCAGGCCAACACCCCGACGGCAGGCCUGGACUGCUGUGUGUGUCCCACCUGCCAGCAGGUGCUGGCGCACGGCGACGUCAGCAGCCACCAGGCGCUGCACGCUGCACGGGACGAUGAUUUCCCCUCCCUGCAGGCCAUCGCUAGGGUCAUCACGUAG